AAAAGACUUGGAAAAACUCCUCACUUUCUGUUGCUGCUGGUUGAGAAAGUGUUCAGAAACGAGCUAAGGCAGGCGAACUUUUCUGCACAUGCGCAGACAACCAGGCAGUGUCAGCAGCGUGGAGGAAGCGCGAUGGCUGCGGACGGUGCCUUGCUGCUGUCUCUGGUGGAGGAAUUCGUCUCCGGAUUGCAGGACAGCAAAGCAAAGGACGCCGCUAAAGGUGUCAAAGAUGGAGCGUUUACAGUUUUGCAGUUAGUGGAAGCGUUGGGGCCCAGCCUGACCAGCUCGCAGCCGCAGACUCGCGCCCGCGGCGUCCAGCUGCUCUCCGAGGUCCUACAGGACGGCCGUGCAGAGCUGUCGCAGAAAGAAGUGGAAGUGCUCAUGGCUUUCUACCAGAACCGCCUCAAAGACCAUCACGUCACCACUCCGCCCGUCCUACGGGGGCUGCUCGCCUUGACCAAGUGUGCGGCGCUGCCUCCCGGCUCGGCCGUGUCCAUGCUGAGGUCGCUGUUCCAGGACGUCCACGUCCAGUCGCUGAUGCUUGCAGAGCGAGCGUGUGUCUACAACAUGCUCACCAACCUGAUGGAGACCAGGGAAGCCGAGCUGAAGAGUUUGGGAGCCGACUUUGUCUUUGGUUUCGUCCAAUCAAUGGACGGCGAGAGAGACCCUCGCAACUUGCUGCUGGCCUUCAGGAUCGCCAGAAACCUCAUCGUCCAAGGAUACGAUCUGGGUAAAUUCGCAGAGGAGCUCUUUGAAGUGACUUCCUGCUAUUUCCCCAUCGACUUCACCCCGCCCCCCAACGACCCCCACGGCAUCACCAAAGAGGAGCUGGUUCAGGCUCUGAGGGCCGUCCUCACCGGAACGCCAAAGUUUGCCGAGUUUCUGUUCCCCCUCCUCAUCGAGAAACUGGACUCAGAGGUUCAGAGCGCCAAGCUGGACGCGCUGCAGACUCUGAACGCAUGUUUGUCGCGCUUCGAGCACAAGGACACGGCUGAGUUCCUUCAGGGCCUGUGGUCGUCGCUGCGUCGAGAGGUCUUUCAGACGUCCAGCGAGAAGAUCGAGUCUGCAGCCCUCGCCGCCCUCGCCGCCCUCACUUCCUGCCUGUCUCGCUCGGUGCUCAGCUCCGAGUCGGAGGACGUCCUCGGACGCUUCCUGGAGGUCGUUCUGAGAGACUGUGAGCAUCACCUCCGUGAGCCGGACCUGAAGCUGGUGUGGCCCGCCGCCAAGCUGCUCCAGGCCUGCUGCGGCGCCUCCUACAGGGCGAGCCGCGUCAUAACGGCCGCCGUCCUGCCCUCCCUGACGGAGCAGUACAACGGCAAAACGCAGUGCUCCCAGAGGCGCACGCUACUGGAGGUGUUGCAGCGCCUUGUCCAGUCGGUAAAGAGCAGCCCCUCCACCGAGGACGACGAUGGCGCGCUCUCCGCCCACAGAGCAGAUCUGUGCGGCGUGGCGUUCUCUGCUCUCUCAGAGAGCGACGGCAGCCUGCAGAUCGCCGCCACGGCUCUGCUGGCCUCGCUGGCUCAGCAAACGGGUCUGCUGCUGGAGUCGGACGUCCAGCUGGCGGCGGAUCAUCUGACCCGCCUGCUGCUGACGGAGGACGACGGCAGAGUCAGCGUGGCUGUGGUGGAGUGUGCAGGAGUCCUAGCGGAGCUGCACCCUGCGGCCUUCGUCACCCGACUGAUCCCCAGACUGAAGGAGGAGAUGUUUUCCGAUGGCAGAGAAGCUCCGCAGCAGCAUUCCCAUCAUGCACUGCGUCGGCGGUGUUUGUCUGCUCUGGCAGCCGUUUCCACGCAGCCCAGCGUCGUCCAGGCGAGCACGCCCGUCCUCCUUGAGGUCCUCAAAUCGGCGCUCACAGGUGGGUUUUCCCUGGAGGAGGCGGUGCUGGCGUGCCGCAGUCUGCAGAGGAUCGCCGAGCGCGUCCAGGACACCGAGGAGGCGGGAACUUGCUUCCAUGAUGUCAUCAUCCCUCGCCUGCUGUCGCUGGUGCUGAAGGCGGCCCUGCAGGAGGAGGGCUCCUCCGGCGGCCCGCUGGUGCAGGAGGACUUCCUGUCGGCGGUGGUUCCUGUCAUCAGUACUUCCUGCUCCAGACUCCAGCCGACGCUGGCGGCACGGACGGCGUCCAGGGCGAUCUCGCUCUUCCUGGAUGGCGACGUCUCCUUCCUGCCGGAGAACUCCUUCCCGUCGCACCUCCAGCUGCUGCAGGUUGAGGAUCCACGUCUGCAGAAGCAGCCUGAGGUCUCGUGGCGGCGCUCUCAGCUGGUCUGUCUGCUCAUGGGCUGCGUCUGCUCGCUGCCCCGCGGCGUGGAGGUUCCACGCACAGAGGAGCUGCUGUCACGCCUGGAGGAGAUGAGCUGCACCUGCCGCCACCCGCCGUCCUACACGGCGGCGGCUAAAUGCUUCGCCGGCCUGGUCAACAAAAGCCCUGAGGGCGACGCCCUGGACGGCCUGAUCCAGAGGACGAGGCGGAGGAUCUGCGGCGAGCUGGACUCCUCCUCGCCGCUGCGCAUGCAGGCCUUCACGCUGCUCGUCUGGGUUGCCAAGGCUCUGCUGCUGCGGUACCACCCCCUGUCCGCCGCCCUGACUGACCAGCUCUUUUCUCUGCUGGACGACGCCGACCUGGGAGCGCCGGCGGCGGAUGCCUUCCUGCUGCUCAUGAGCGACUCCCCAGACGUCCUGAACCGCGGCUGCCACGCCGACGUGCGCCUCAUGUACCGCCAGCGCUUCUUCAGCGAGAACUCCGCCAAGCUGGUGCAGGGAUUCAACGCCGCUCCUCAAGAGAAGAAACCCAACUACCUGAAGGCGCUGUCCAACAUCGUGAACAAGCUGCCGAAGCAGGUCCAGGUCGCCGAGCUGCCGGCGUUACUGUCGCUGCUGCUGGAGGCGCUGACGUGUCCCGAUCAGGGGGUGCAGCUGUCCACCCUGUCCUGCCUGGAGCCCGUCAUCGCCAGCCCCCCCCCGGUUCUCCUGCAGCAGCUGGAGGCCGUGGUGGGCCGCCUGCUGGCCCUCGUCUGCAGCCCCGCCAUGGAAGUGCGAAUGUCUUCCCUGCGAUGCGUCCGCGCCCUGUCGCUCCUCCCGACCCACCAGGUGUUGCCGUUUCGGGCGCGGGUGCUGCGAGCGCUGGCCCCACCGCUGGACGACAGGAAGCGGCUGGUGAGGAGAGAAGCGGUCCAGGCGCGAGGAGAAUGGUUCCUCAUAGGAAGUCCUGGAGGAAGAUGAUGCUGCACCGACGAAGCACCAACCCGGAAGGAGCGUCAGGACCAAGUCUCAGCGCCGCUCCGUCUUCUUCCUCGUCUACAUUUUUUCCUGUUUUUUUAUUUUCUGCUUUGACAAACAAAAAACCCCAAACUGAUAGACAGGAAGUGACACCGUUGACUUACAAAAACAAAAGCUUUUACGCGAAUAAAGAUGGUUUUUAAAGACU